AUGAGUAGUGCUAGACAGACUAACAGAGAACUUUCGAUAGACCAUGUACAUACUGUAGUCAAGAGUAUUCCACUACAAUACCUCUACAAGCAUAAUCCCUACGAGUGCCAUACUCCUGUCCUACUCCUAUCCUCCCCCACACCUACCCACAUCCACACUACCCACAUCCACACUACCCACAUCCACACUACCCACAUCCACACCUACCCACAGCCACACCUUCUCACAGCCACACCUACCAUCCACUCCACAUCAUGGCCAGGUCAAGAAUGCUUCUGA